GAAACAUUCACAACAGUGUGCAGAGAUCAUACAUCCUAAAGAGCUACCAACAGGACCAUGGAACAAAGCAAGUUAAAAGGAGGUGCAAUAAUUCAGCACAGAAUUGUUAAUGGGAAAAAUGAAUAUGAAAUUUUAGGAGUCGUCAGGUAUCAGGAUUCUACGUCAAAGGGUACUUCCUAUCUCAGGAAAGGAGAUAAAAUUUUGGAAGUGAAUGAUACUAGUGUGGAGAAUUUGGAACCUGAUGUCCUGAUUGAGUGUCUCAGUAAAACAACAACUCAUCUGGUUAUCCACAGACCACCUGCUGAUGCGAACUAUGAAAAACCCAUCAAGGACUCUGGAUCUAUCUAUGAGCCAUAUUCAAAAGAAACAAGAGUUUUCACAUUUGAUCUUCAGAUGGAAAAGAUUGAUGAUGGUUCCACAGAAAACAUAAAUAAGAGUUGUAAAGAAAGCAGCAGUACAGAACAUCUUCAUCAGUAUGAAAAAGAGGAAGAAGAUGAAGUCGAAGACUAUGAGAUGGCAAACCUUCUGGUGCUUCAGUUAUCUGAAACUGCCAUUUCCAUAAUACAAGGCCGAGGACAUACCCCUGGGACUAUCUGUAAAGUCUGUCACAAGAAAGAUUGUGAUCUUCAUGACAUUGUAGUGCAGUCGUCAAGCACUAUCCAUCUUGUUGCAAGAGGUAAUGCUAACCUGGAACUGAUUCUGUGCAUUGAAAAAACACGUGACAAAAUGCUUGUUAGAAAUACAUCUCAGAAGGUUUUAAUUGCAGUAGAGGAAAGACCCAGACUGAUGUCCAUCAACAGCAGAGUGUUAAGAGAUGCAUGCGUCACAAUAUUUUAUUACAAAUGCUCUGAUGUGAGUGAAACUCCAAAUGGACUACCUGUUGUGCUGAAAUUUUCUAACACCAACUGUUAUCUUGCUUGUCAUGAAGAAGGAAACUGCAUCAUUCUCAAAGCAGAGGACUAUAGUGCCAGUAAUCUGAAACAUAUUAAACAAAGUGAUGAAACCUGGCGUUUUGUGUUUUACAAGAAGGAUGGAUAUGAUGGGACCUGCAAGUUUGAAUCUGCUAAAUUUCCCAGCUGGUUUAUUAAAAGUGAAAGUGAAAAUGCCGUGGCACUGAGAAGUGAACAAACCUGUCCAUAUCCAUCACCAUCCUUUGUCUUUGUUGUUUCAAGGUCACCAGUACAAUAAAAACAAUAUUAAUAUAAGCUAUGAGAUUUCAGUAUGAAAUUAGUGUUACAGACCAAGGGUGCAGCCAGGCAUACACUCUGUACUCCAAAGGGUACUUUUUUUUCUGAGUAUGUUAGAAACAAUGAGGCCAUAUUAUGUCUAUAAACAUCUAGGUUAUCCUGUAAUAGUUUUUGACUCAGCAGCUGAAAAUGUUACACAUGUGAGGUUUGCCUUAGGGGGACAGCAGUUUGAGUGGCGUGACCCUUUUUUAAAUGCCAGGUGGGCUGGGGUACAAUAAUAAAUAUCAGUGAGUACAAAAUGGAAUUCACUGACUACAUCCCUGUUACAGACACCUGCUCAUACCUAAGAGCAAUAUGGAAAGCUAAAAAAAUUUAUGAUUCUGUAUUCUGCAACUCAUAAGUCUUGAUAAUCACUUACUUGCAAUUACUUUUUUAUCUGAUGUUAAUAAGUUUGUUGAGGAGACCAAUCAAACAUCAGAAAUCUAUGACUUUCAUUUAUUUUUUUUAUCUGCUGUUAAUAAAUUUAAGCAUGCUGUGGAAACAAAAAACAA